UUCUUUGUCCCAUGCAUGGGCAUCUGUCAUCUACAGGUCCUCUUAAAUGCUACCACGUUGCGGUGCUCCCUUUGCAUAUCUACCGUCUUUAAUUCCUCUUUACAGCUAGCACGUUGCGUUGCUCCUUGGGACAUCUACUCUAGAAUCUCCCCUCCACCUGCAGGCAGCAAGCAAGGCGACGACCAUUCAUUCAUCUCGUUGCUCCUCCUCCGCCCCAGCUACUUCUUCCGAUCUCUCAACGUCUCCUCCCAAGGUAUGCAGAGAACACGUGAUGACCUGGAGAAGAAGCUACAUGAUUCAAAUACAACACCAAUGUUUUUUCCACUUGAAUUUUUGAAGGCCAUCACAUGUGAUUUUUCCACUGAGUCGGUACUAGGUGAAGGUGGGUUUGGAGUGGUUUACAAGGGAGUUCUUCGAAGUGGCAAAGUUAUUGCUGUGAAGAAGCUUUUUGAAAUCCGUCUAAAAGAGGACACAUUCCAGAAUGAAGUACGUUAUCUUAUGGGGAUUAAGCACCAAAAUAUAGUACAGUUUCUAGGUUAUUGUGCGGAAUCAAGUUGGGAAGCGAUAGAGCAACCUAGUGGUAGUGGAAAAUUUAUUUUUGGUGAAUUACCGAAAAGGUUGCUCUGCUUCGAGUAUGUAUGCAACAUAAGCCUCGACAACCAUAUUUCUGAUGAAUCUUCAGGCCUUGAGUGGAAUAUGAGAUAUGAGAUAAUUAAGGGGAUUUGCAAUGGGUUGCAUUUCCUUCAUGAAGAAUGUCAUAUGGUUCAUCUCGACCUUAAGCCUGAAAAUAUAUUGAUGGACUCUACUAUGAUCCCAAAAAUCGCUGAUUUUGGUUUAUCGAGGAUCUUUGGUGAGCAGCAAACACGAAUUGUCACUGAUAAUCGUGCGGGAACAUGUGGAUAUAUGGCACCAGAAUACUUAAUCCGAGGUGUAGUCUCAAACAAGGCAGAUAUAUUUAGUCUGGGUGUCAUACUCAUAGAGAUAAUAACAGGUGACAGGGACUAUCCAUAUUUCCACCAUGACAGUUCCCAGCGUGAUGCCACAACUUUCCAGCAGUUUACAGAGAAAGUUCUUGAAAAUUGGAGGAAUAGAUUCACAUCCACACCGAAAUAUACAAAGGAAAAAUAUGCGCACCAAGUAAAGCAGUGUGUCACCAUAGCCCUAAAAUGUGUGGAUCCUAGUAUGGAGAAAAGACCUACUGCAAAGCAUAUAAUCCAGGUGUUUAAUGUAGCAGACCAGAUGGAAACUCACGAAGAGUUGCCGUCAGUCGUGCAGUGCGUAGACAAGUUACUCGCACUAAACACUACUGGAAGCAAGAACCUCACGCCCAUGAGUGCCACUGAAGAAAUGUUGAUCAUCAAAGCAGCUACUGGUAAACAAGUGGAUGAGGCCAAGUCUGAGGGUUUGUUACCGAUGCCUACAAUAGAGCCGAGCACAAUCAGACAGAAUUAUCAAGAGGGAGUAAAGGCAUGUAAUGAGCGACAAUCAGCCACUGACACUGAGUCUGAGCUGGGAGCCUGGGAUAAGUGAACUAUUGGUUACCAGGAGAGUUUCAUCCUUGUUUGACCUAAAUUAUUCAUGCCAUAUAAUGCACCAGAAAGAAAGCAUUUGAUUGUAUAUUGUUGUGAGUCUAUGACUUCACUUCUCGUCUGUCUGUCCUAUAUAUGACUUACAAAGCUAUGUCUACUUAAUUUUUGUUCAGCACAAAUAAUCGUUUAUUUUAUAGUUGAUUCCUGGAUAUGUAAAAUAAACAUCCCGUAACAAGUCAUUUUUUCCAACUGAUUUUAAUACCACAAUGUAAUCAAUAGUCGUGUUAUGUAUAUAUAUUACAGAAAAACAAGGAAUAUAGCUGUAGCUUGUUGUACCAAUCAUUCCGAAAAUUGCCUAGGACAUUCACAACUUUCACUUUUACUAGCCGAUGAACAUUGGUUGUCAAGCUGAGUUGGCAACAUAUGUGGAUUUUUUUUAUUUUUUAUGAAAAGCAACAUAUGUGGAUUUUAAGCUGACGUGGACAUAUGCCCUACCUGUCAUCUUCAUCCCCAUCCCAUCUUCUUCAUCCCUCCUCUCUACCCUAUCCUCUGUCGUCUCCUUCUCAGAAUUGCGCAGGGUUGAAGCUGGAGACUUGGAGCUCGUCCAGCGAUGAGAGGGUGCGGCCGGGAUGAAGCCCCGCACUGAGAGACCCAUUGGUGCGGUCAAUCUCGGCAGCUGUAGCACCACUUGGUCUCCAGCUUGUUGCUACUUGGCAUACACAGAGAGGUCAGUGUUGCUCCACCGCUGCGACCCUGGCCACACCAAUUGAGUCCUUGAGAAACCUUCGCUUGGUGUCCGACAACCAAAUUUUCUUUUGUCUAGCUCCUUUCCCAUAAAACCAUUAUAGCAUCUCUAGUUUUUUUUUUGAGAAACUAUAGCAUCUCUAGUCGGUCCAUUAAAAUUGGUUGGAGAGUAAAAAUUCGCUAUUGACGGGCUAAACUGGACCUAGCCGAUCCCUUAUGGGCUUCAAAGGAGAGGCCACCCUUAUAUUUAUUCAUGCAUGCGCGGCCACUUCUCAGGAUAAUUUUGGCCCUUCCAGUGCAUCGGCCCUCUCCUCUGUUCGCCCACUGACGUCACCCCCAUCGAGUUCCUUGCCUCCGGCGACCACCCCACAACCCUGCAAACCUUGGGCCGCCAAAUUCCGGUGAGAAUCCGGUGGUCUAUUUUUGUCGACUUCUCUGACUUCUACAUCCAUGUCGGUGCUCCUCCUCCUCAUCAUCCCUAGCCCGGCGGCGCUCCUCGCAUCGUCCCCGGCCAUGAGCAAAGCUGCUGCACGGUAGAGGACACAUAUAUAUAGAGAGAAAAAUUUAAAUGUAUAGGAAGAAACAUAGAGGGAGAGUACGCCAGUUGCCAUUGUCGAUUUCAAUGAAUCCUUGUGCUUUGGACGAUGACAUUGCGCCACUAAGAGAGGGAUGAGGCAAAGAACCCAUUCAGACGAGGAAGCACCCAGGCCAUGGUCUAUGGUGGACGAAUUUCAUCUACUUUGUCGACAACUUCGUCACACGCCUACGUCGUGCACGUUGAGACCAUCUGAAUUACUUUUCUGAAGCAUCUAUCCUAGGUAUGAGCUUGCUCUGAAAAUUCAUCUAAUGCCAAAAAGUAGUAGUUGGUCGCGUGAAAGGAAGAAUAAAGAAAAAAAGGAAGAAAAAGGGGGAGAGGGGCUUACAUGUGGGGUCUGGUUCAUUUGAGGACUUAAGUUUGAGAGUUCGGUUAGGUUCGCGUGAAGGAAGAAAAGAGGGAGAGGAACAAAUAUAAGAAGUUAAGUAUAAGGGGGCCUAUGAGGGGCAAAAUUAUAAGGGACCAGCUAAAGGUCUUCUUAGUCUGACAACCCAAUUAUCUACGCAUGUGCGACCACCGUGUCUUCAUCAGCCGACUGUAUAACCUCCGUGUUGCAAGGGAAUUGCCCCAGGGCCCUUCAUGGAUAGUUCGGGCACCUACCACGUGGAACUUGAUCCCCAAGCUCUUCAGGUGGCCUCAGCCAUUUAGCCGAGCACUCUGCAUGAGCCCAUCAGCUCCAGUCGCACCAAGUUGAGCGCACGGCUCACCAGCCAGCUCCAUCCACGCUCCGCACAGUCUGGUCGGCACUCACUAUCCAGCACCAUCCGCACAAGCUCAAGCGGACAUCAAUCAAACGUGGCAAACAUGCGUGCAUCGUCAAAAGUAGGCCUAAUACAAAAGGAUAUAUACAUGUUUUUGUAUGAGCCAGGGGAGGGGGCAUGGCCCAGGUUGGCCCCCAUGAAGCUCCACCACUGAAUAGGUUGCCGUUCGCAUAGGGGUACUCCCGCACGACGCUGGAGAGCAUGUGGGUGUUGGCCAUGGAAAGGGUUAGGUUGGCCAUGAUAUCCACGUAGAGCAUCAUGGUCUCCCCACGACAGCGGGCCAGACUACAGCGGCCUUGUUGUCACCAUCCAUGAACAUGGAUGACAUGUCGCACAAGUGUGGGAGGAAGCCAGACAGCACAGUUACGAAACCAUGUAGCCGCCCAUGCCGACGAGCUAGAUGUGGUGCAAUAGGCGUCCUGGCGCCCGAGCGCGAGCAUUUGGGGGUUUGAAGUAUAUGUUGUCGCCCUAUGAAGAGUUGUCGCAUCGUGUCAUGCUCCAUCACCAUGAAGGUCGCGGGAUGGCUCGAUAUACUUGUUCACGCGGCCGUGCUUGCUGAACUCAUUCCAACUCCCACCGCUAGUGACGUGCCUCUCACCUUGCGGUCCACCACCGGCGGGUAGUACAUCGAUGCCCUGGUCUGUUGUAGCUACGCACUUCUAGUGUAGAUCACAGCCGUUGGGGCGCUGCUUCUGCCGGGACGUGCAGGCACUUGCAUGAGCGGCCCUACUGGCACAGGCUCAAUCACACUGGAAGUGGUCUUCGGAUCUCCGGACAACUUCCAAAGCGAGGAACUAAUCUUCGAUAUCGUCCCCUUCCGUAGU